GCUUAUUUUUGCUUGGUACGUUGAGCGGAGACAAGGAGAGGGGGUAGCAACCAGGUCAAUUUUUUUUCUCUCUUUUUUUUUUUCUAAUCCCUUUUGGCUGUGAAAUAAACCCCCCUACUCUCUUAUUCAAUGUUUUCUCGGAUUGCCGUCAACGCAGCAAAGCGAUCAGUUCGUUCAGUUGCUCAACCUCAGGCUCGAUUCGCCUCUACCAAGCCUACCAUCAGUCAAAAACCUAUGCAAUUCGGCCUUGUGACUUCUGCUAUUGUUGGUACCACUGCUGCUGCUUACAUGUAUGCUGAUGUGUCUGCCAACAUGGCUGAUGAAGGUCUUCACCCUCCUUCUUACCCCUGGCCUCACAGUGGUCCUCUCGAUACUUUUGAUCAUGCCUCUAUUCGUCGUGGUUACCAAGUCUACAGAGAAGUCUGUUCUGCUUGUCACUCACUUGACCGUAUUGCUUGGAGAAACUUGAUUGGUGUCUCUCAUAGUGAGGAUGAAGUCAAGGCAAUGGCUGAAGAAUUCGAAUAUCAAGAUGGCCCCGAUGACAAUGGUGAUAUGUUUAUGAGACCCGGCAAGCCUGCUGAUUAUAUGCCCAAGCCCUAUGCUAAUGAAGAAGCUGCUCGUGCUGGUAAUGCUGGUGCUUUGCCCCCAGAUCUCUCUUUGAUCACCAAGGCUCGUCACGGUGGUGAAGACUAUGUCUUUGCUCUUUUGACAGGUUAUGUUGACCCCCCAGGAGGUGUUGAAGUCCGUGAAGGCUUAAACUACAACCCUUACUUCCCUGGUGGUGCUAUUGCCAUGGCCCGUGUCCUUUACGAUGGUCUUGUUGAAUACGAAGAUGGUACACCUGCCACUACUUCUCAAAUGGCUAAGGAUGUCUGUACCUUCCUUGCUUGGUCUGCUGAGCCUGAACAUGAUGAACGUAAGAAGAUGGGUAUGAAGGCUACUGUCAUCUUGGUUGGUUUGACUGCCUUGUCUAUCUACCUCAAGAGAUUCAAGUGGGCUCCUAUCAAGUCUAGAAAGAUUGUCUACAACCCUCCUAAAUAAGUCAUACACAUUCACAGAUCAGAUAAAAAUAAAAAACUACAUAUAUAUACAUAUAAAAA